CAAAAUGGGCGUCCCUCUCGUCGAACCCGAGUACGUCUUCGGGCUCAGGGGCGGCGUGACGGAGAGCGUCGUGCACGUGGACACGGACACGGUGGCGUAUCCUGCGGGGUCCUACCUGGUCCUCCACGACACGGCCAAGCAGCAGCAGCACUUCGUCAGUCUCACGGAGGAAGCCACUCCGACCGCCUUGGCUAUAUCGCCCAAGAGGCAAUACCUAGGCGUAUGUCGUGCGGGAGACUCGGCGGCGGUGAGCGUCUGGGACGUGGCGGCCCGCAAGCGGCUGCGGUUCCUGAGCUGCGCCGAGAUGGUGAGCGAGCGCUACGUGGCGGCGGCGUUCAGCCCCGACGAGCGCAUGGUGGCUGCGCAGGGCGGCCCACCCGACUGGACGCUCGUGCUCUUCCUGUGGGAGAAGGGGAAGGUGGGCAGCCGAGGCUUUCACAUGCGCGGACCCGCAUAUCAGCGUUCCUGGAGGUUCAACGGGAGACAGCCGUGUUAUAACCUCACACCUUUAUAACAGAUGAAAUUAUGAAUAUAUUGUAUUUAGAUUUAUUUACAUUUUAUUUCUAGAUUAGCUU